CGCCCCCUCCCGGCCGCCCGCUCCGCCCCCUGCAAACGUGCAAGGCCGAGUCCCCGCUGUGGCGGCUUAGAAGGGGCCCGGCGGGGGGCGGGCCCGGCGCCUCUGCUUAAAGCAGCCUGCGCCCCUGCCGAUUAGCUAUCUUGUGCUGCAGAAGGUUGCUCAGCAGCGGCGGCAGCUCGUCCUUGCGAGAAGACAGGCAGGCAGCCAGCAAGAACCCAUGUUCAGUGGCUGCAGGCUUUGCCCUGUGCUGCUGGGAGUCGGCCUCCUAGAUCUCGUUGGAUCUACUUUCCUCGGACUGGGCUGCGAAAGUUGCUUAGUUCCAUUUCGCGGUGGCUGCUCUGAAUCGCCGAUUGGUGAUGCACAGUGUCUACAGAAGCCUCUGGGUUUCAAAACUCCCCCAGAGAGCAGACUAAGGAUGAGCCCACCCCAAGAAAGGACUGGAAACUGCUCCAGCAAGGAGCCCCUGGCCAAGUGUCUUCAGGCUAAGAAGGACUUGGAAGCAGCAAUUGCAAGAAUUGUCAAUGCUGAAGAGCAAGUUAAAGACAACUGGAGAGAGGUAAAAGCUCAGAUUCAUAGCUGCAUAAGUCGCCAUUUGGAGUGCUUGCGCAGCCGUGAGGUUUGGCUCCAUGAGCAGGUGGAUCUCAUUCAGCAACUAAAGGAGGAAGCUUUGCAGCAACAGGCACAGCAACUCUGUUGGUUGUUGGGACAGUUCAGUUGCCUUAUCCACCAGCUGGAGAAGCCUCACAGUAAUGACCUUGAAAAUCAAAUUUCAGUAUGUUUGGAGAGACUGGGCAGUUUAGCUCUACAGCCAGAAGAAACUUCCAUCCUGAACUUUGAGGCAGAUGUGACAUUCCUUCGUCAGGCCAUCACCUCUUUUGGCUCCAUUUCAACAAUGGCACAGCAAACUUCUGACAAAGAUGACUGUGUCCCAUGGAUUGGUGGACCGAACGACCCUGGGAAGGCCAAACACAAACAGCAGAAACCUUCAUAUGGAACCUUGGGAUGCCCACUCUCUGACUGGCUUCUUGGAAGCAAACCUGAAAGUGCUCGCUGUGCUCCAUACGCUUUCAGCAGCAACCAUGAGGACUGGCUCUUGAAAACCCGUGAACCUGAGACAGACCAGGAUAUAAAGUCUCCCAAAGUGUGUUACUUGGACCAAGCAUGGGGAAAUCUGAAAGAUCUGGAGAACUGGCUCCUGCAGAACCAACAAAGAGAAGUUCCUGAGAAUAUUGACCUCCACAGACGUAAGAGUUCCACUUCCACAACUAGCUCUGCCUUUUCCAUUGAAAAGAUAGAGGAAUUGGAAUUUCUGGAGCAAGAAGAGAUGGAUCUUUCCGACUGGCUACUUACUUCUCCUGAAUUGGAAGACAAGAAUGGUGCUUCAGAUGAGAAAUGGGUGUUUAAGCCUUUUAGGGAGGAAUAUAAUAUCAGUGAUUGGCUCCCCAAAGCUGAAUCAUGCAAUAAUUGUUGUGGCAAUCAAGCCAAGGGUAUAGAGAUAGAAAAUCUUGGGAAUCUUAAGUGCCUCAAUGAACACCUAGAGGUAAAGAAGUUGUCCACCAACGAUGCCUGGCUUCUGCAGCCCUCUUUCAAAGUAGAAGAUGUAUGCAAAGCUAAUGAGCCAUGCUCUAGCUUUUCAGAGUGUGUGUGUGAUGAAAGCUGUGAGAAAGAAGCUCUGUGCAAGUGGCUUCUUAGGAAAGAAGGCAAGGAUAAAAACGGCAUGCCAAUAGGACAGACACCUAGCCCAGUCCCUGAGCAGUCUAAAGCUGCCUUGAAUAUCUGGCUUCAUCCUUCCCGACAACUAGUGGAUGAACUGGCCACUGUUGCAACAAAACAAGACAACCCUGAGAAGAUUAUAGAACCACUGAAAGAACUGCUUGAAAUCCCGUUGUCAGCCUGGCUAGCCAAAUCGGAGGACAGAGCAUCAAGCACAUGUGAGAAGGCAAGUAGGGAGAACACAGAAGUGAACUGCAAGAGCUCUCUUCUUGAGCUUCUGGAACCAUUCCACCUCCCUCUGAAUGUAAACAGUUGGGUGAUGUCUCCAAAGAACACACACACCUCCAGCCAGCCUCCAGUGGAAGAUAAAUGGCUGCUACGAAAGAAAGCACACGACUAUGGCCUUCCUACAGUCUGUGACCUCUUUGCCUGUAUGAAGCUGACUGCAGAUAAAGAAAAGUGGCUGUACCAGACUCCUUUACAGAUGUGAAAACUAGAAGCAUUUGAAACAAGUCACCUUUCUGCUGUUCACCGCACAUUCAUACUGAGUGACUGCAGUCCUACUGCAUUUAUAGUUGGUCUGACUUGUCUUGUCUGCCUCUUCCAAAGCUUGAACUUCACUUUUAAACUACAUGUAGCUGAACUGUGGGUGCAGAAAAUGUUGGGUCAUGGCAAGUUGGCAACUGCCACUACAUGGAAGCAACAGUACCCUUGUAUGCAUCUCAUGGGCCUGGUGAUAUGACGAUCUUUCCUUGGCUUCUCACUUGGAGCCCCUUGCAGUUGGGGGAAUCAGUGCUUUGAAAUCUCUUCCUGACAUCUGAGCUAUGGCUACAGUAAAAGGACUUUUGCUUCCUUAUUGAGAGGGGGUUGGGGGAAAUCCCAUGUUCAUAGCAGCCAUUUCAGAGUUCUUCCUUAAGGGGUUGUCUUCUCCAGUCUAGAAGCAGUUACUAGCAAAAAGCUGCCCUGCUCAUUCUUUCUUUCCAAAAGCUCAUGGUUGUAAAUGUAUUUAACUGACACUUAAACUGAUCUCUGGCUAAUACAACAAUUGUGUUCCAUAGCUGUGUAUUUUAUACAAACUGGCUGAAAGAGUUUAAACAUCCAUGAAUUUAAGAGGAGACAGGCCAUAUGCCAAACAGAUCAGUGAGCUCUCUCAGUAACUGUGGUGCCAGUUUAACUAAUGUAGGAAGUGGGUUUGAAAUUGACAGGAGUAGAUGAAGAUUGUUUUGCAUCGAUAUUGAAGCACACUGCCAAAUGCAAGGUGUUAACAUUGCUCUUCAUUAGCAGUGUUUAAUUUCCAUUUUCCUCAACUUCAUACAAAUUACGGUGAAAUGUACUAGAUUAAAUCGCUUUAGGUGUUCUGGGUAAAGAAGGAAACCUUAAUACCACUGGCUGUAGAGACAUUUCUGAUGAGCUCUGAUCUUGACAAAAGUGUGUUUGGGUCAGGAUAAGUGUGCUUUGACUAAUCUGAACUGCUAAAAGCUGUACAGCUUAGGCCUUCAGCAAAAGGGUGCAACUGUCACAAGUGUAUUCUAAAACCAGUGGAUUCCUUAAAUGCUGUUUGAGCCAUGUAUUGAAACAUGGCUUUGCACACUUAAAAUGGCUGAGGUUAGUAUUUUAAAAUGAGUAAUGAAAAUUAAGGUGACCUCUACUUCUAAACUACCGUGUGGUAAAUUAACCCAAACAGGCUCUGUCUCAUUUAUCUAAUAUUUGUUAAUGCAAAGUAUUUUCAUUAAACUGUUGCUGUGAAUAAAAGAUGGCCUCAUCUUUA